UUUUUUUUUUUACAUCUUUUUUUUUUAUUAUUUAUUUACAUAAUUAUAUCAAACCAAAUGACGCCGUUACCCACCGUGAUUGCUUCUACACAUGGAUAUACCAAAGUGACGGAUUUUCUCUCGAGACAAUUCGAGACAUACAACGACCGACCGCUUGCACGCUACUAUGUGAAGGGUGAUGAAAGUUAUGGGGUAUUGAGUUAUGGCCAAGUGGAACGACUUGCUACGAAUUUAGCUUUUAAGCUGUCUCACCGGAUUUCCAACGUCGUUGCUUUGCUGGGAGGACAUGAUAUUGACUAUUUCAUCCUCUUGAUUGCGCUUAUGAAGUUACAAGUGACAAUUUUUGUUAUCUCGCCUCGGAACUCUGUUGCGGCUAACGUGGACUUGUUGGAGAAGACACGAUCGGGGUUAUUGAUAACGAAUAGUCAACUGGCAGGGAUAGCAAGAGCUUCUGCUGAGGGUGUACGUGGUGUUGAGGUCUUUGUGAUGGAAAGUAUGGAUAUACAUGCACUUUUACAGGAACCGUUGUUGGAUGGUGAAUUGGAUAUAAAAGUAUGUUUGGAUGAGGAGGAUGAUUUGAAUCGAAAUGUUUUUAUAUUUCACAGUUCAGGAUCGACCAGUUACCCAAAACCUAUUUAUAUUACGAAUCAUAACUUAUUGUGUUCACUGCAAGUUUUUCAUGGACAGCUUCCUGCUGGUACAAUCGAUGCUUCGGAUACCCUACUCUGCUGCACGCCAUUGAGCCAUAUCUUUGGUUUUGUAGCGGUAUUCUCUAGCAUGUCACUUGGAGCUAGUAUUGUAAUUAUUCAAAAGCUUCCGGCAUCACAAGAAGAAAUUAAAUUUGCGCUUGCGUUCAACCAAUGUACGAUGAUGACAGCUACGCCUAUUUUAUUAGAGGACAUGAUACCGUAUCUGGAACAGGGACAACAAAAAGAUUUUUCGCAUGUACAGCGAUUGAAAGUGGUACUGGUGGGUGGUGCACCGAUGCGACGUGAAUCGGGUGAUUGGUUUCACCGACAUGGUGUCAAAGUGUCCAAUGCGUAUGGAACAACGGAGAUGGGACCCAGUAUGACAGCAGGUAUGGAUUUUAGCAAAGGUUGGAAUAGCAUGUACCCAUUUGUUGUGGAUGAAAAGGGGGUAAGUUAUCUACAGUUUGAAACGAAUGAUGAGGAUACACCCGAUAUCAAGCAUUGUUAUAUUCGAGGCGAAUGUCCUUUAUUGGCCAAGGGAGUGCAUAAUCGAUCCGAUGGAGGGUACAAUACCAACGAUUUGUUUCGGGAGGAUGGAACGAAUCCUGGUUAUUACAUUUAUGUGGGUCGUCGAGAUGAUAUGUUGGUCAUGGAGAAUGGGGAGAAAACGAAUCCAAUUCCGAUCGAAAGUUGUGUUGUGGAGAAUAGCCGAGUGAUUUCUCGAGCGGUUGUACUUGGUCAUGGACGUGCUUGUACGGCGAUGCUUGUGGAAUUGAAGGAGGAGGAAGGGGAAAGGUUGUUGAGUGAAGAGGAGAUUUGGCGAGAUAUUCAAAGGGCGGUUGAAAAAGCGAAUGGAGACAGCCCCAAUCAUAGCAAGUUAUUUCCUCAAAUGGUAAAGAUCUUGAAAGCUCAUGAACAUUUACCGAUCAAUGUGAAGGGGGCAGUGAUACGACACCAGUGCAUGACAAAUUUUGGAAAGGAGGUGGAUCGCAUGUACCUGGAUUUCCUAUCUGGUAAGAAAAAGGUUCAACGGAAGGAGGAGGAUAAUAAUAGAACAGUAUGGACGACGGAACAAGUGAAGAGGUUUCUUUUGGAGUGCCUAUCCCAGCAAAUCGAUCCACGUCAUCCCGCCGCUGGUACCGCUACUGGUACCGCUACUGGUGAGAACGGUAUAGAACACCAAUCCGUGUUUGAUUUAGGAUUGAAUUCGAUCAGUGCGAUCGGAAUGCGUAACCAAAUUGCUGAGCAAUUCCCAGAUAUUCCAUUGAAUUUUAUUUUCCAGCAUCAAAAUGUAUUUGCCAUGUGUCAGUCACUUUGUGGGCAAUCGCAGUUGGUGGAUGACGGGUAUGAGGCUACACAAGCACUGGUUCAAAAAUAUAUCUCCAAAGCCAAGCUGGAUUUCCCCAAGGCACAUCCGCCCCACGAGAUCAUGAAGAAGAGGGUAGGGAAAAAGCCCACGGUGGUUCUUUUGACGGGAGCUACGGGGUCAUUGGGGACAUUUAUCUUGCGAGAUCUGCUUAGACAAGAAAAAGUAAUGAAAAUCUAUUGUUUGAUCCGAGUGCGUGAUGGUGAAGAUAUGAUGGAUCGACUUGAGCAAGCUUUUUGUGGACGCAUGCUUGAUCCGCACAUUUUAAAGACCGACCGUAUUAAACUUUUGCCAUUACGUUUAAGCGACGAUGGACAUGUUGAUCCCAUGUGGGGUUUAACAGCGACGGAAUAUAAUCAAUUGAAGUCAGAGGUAACGGUUGUACAACAUUGUGGUUGGGUAUUGGAUUUCAAUAUGCCAAUUGAGUAUUUUGACAAGACGUGCAUUGAGCCGUUUUAUGAAGAGAUGGUGAAAUUUGCGUACCGGCCUGAAAUGAAGGAGGAGGAGGAGGAGGAGCCAAUGGAACUUUUUUUUAUCUCGAGUGUGUCUGCUACAGCGUUAUGGGAUAGUCAAAGUGUACCUGAAGAAGAGGUUGGACUGGAUCCGAGUGUGAGUUUACCGAUGGGUUAUGCUCAAUCGAAAUAUGUAGUGGAAGCGCUAUUGGGAUAUUUAAGACGAGAAAAGAAUUUUCGAUGUGUUGUUCAACGCGUGGGGCAAGUGUGUGGGGAUACGAAGCAUGGUGUAUGGAAUACGCAGGAACAGUAUCCCAUGUUGAUUGUAGGGGGUGGAUCUGUGAUGCAUGUGAUGCCCGAUCUUGUUGACACUGUGGUAGAUUGGAUUCCUGUGGAUGUUGCCUCUGCAUGUAUUACAGAGAGGAUGAUUUCUCCCAGCGGUGGUGGUGGUGGAGAGUCAAUUCAACAUAUUGUGAAUCCAAAAAGAAUCCGAUGGAAAGAAUUAAUGCGUGUUAUGAAGGAAGCGGGUAUGCGAUUUGAUAUGAUUGAUCUGGAAUCUUGGGUACGAUUAUUAUCUGAGGAUAAAACGAAUCCUUGUUAUGGAUUAUUGAGUUUCUUUGAAGCAAAAAGUCGACAGAUUGUACGUGGUGAACCGAUUUACUGGGAGACCGAAAAGACGGGCAAGAGUAAUUCUCGUUUAAACGAUACUCCUGAGCUACAUGUUGAUUUGUUCAAAAAGUUUUUAACUCAUUGGGAAUCUGUGGGAUACUAUAAUGCCAAUGUUUAGAUCCCAGUUCUUUUUUUUUUUCUCAUAAUAAAAAAAAAAAAGAAUUGAUAUAUGGUCUGAUCCAUGAUGGUUGGUAUCGAAUGAUAAAUAUUUUGGUUUUCUUUUUUUCUAUACACACACGCAUGCAAUAAAAAAGAAGUAGAUGAAACACGC